CAAGUAUUGCUCGUAUCCAAUAACAAAAGACCUUCUGACGGUGAUGUUAUACACCAUACAGUGCAUCAAAAAAUUACAAAGUACAAUUGGAUUAAUGGAUUUUGAACUUACUUUGUUUUGCUCGUUACUUGAUUUUUUUUUUAUUGAAACUAACGCCCAAUGCUAGUUGAUUAUUACACAAUUGAUUUUCUAAGAACAGCAAUUAUUGUUAACAUCUACGAAUAUACUGUACAAAUAUACAAAUAGUUGAAACAAUAACAAUUAGAAUGUAAUGAAGAACUAAAUAGAAAUAUUUAAACACAUUAAUAGAAGUGCAAAGUUGCCGCUUUAAUAAAUAAGCAUUUUAAAUACGAAAACUAUUACAGACAAACUUUUGUUGCUCAUUGUACAUGCCAAAGUCUGAUAUUGCGGGUAGGAAAGAAGGGCGUGGGCGGGGGAAAUGCAUUCCAUGUCAUGUUAUAGUUCACGGGUAGCCAUUUUGUUGUGUCGUGAAAUUAAAUCUUGUUAAACAAAUUUUGAUAUAAUUGUUUUGAUUUACAAAUUGAAUGUUUAACAUUGAAAAUGAACGAUACAUUGAAAACUUCGAGAUUGAAACGUAAAAUCUGCAGAACAUGCCUCAGUUCUGAUCGUACUACCCUAAUAUUAAAUGAACAAUCGGAUUUAUAUCAAGUUUAUCGACUGAUAAUAUCAGAAUUCACGACUGAUUUGGAUCUAUCUGAUCAGAGCUUAGAGGCAUGUUGGGAGUGUAUUGCUAUGUUGAAAAAGUUCAACAACUUCAAACGGCAAGUCCAAACAGCUCAAGAACAUCUUCGAGGAAUCGGUGAAUCGGACCCGAACCUUGCAUUAUUUUCUCAGCCACUAUCUUCUCUGCAGAUACUAUUAAAGUUAGGAUAUGACAAGGUAUAUGUUGAAAAUACAAUGCAAACAGAAUGUUCACAAGACAUUAACACAUUGGAGAUAGUAAAAAAUGAACCUGUAGAUAUAACUGAGAAAGAUACUGGACAUGAAGAUACUUUAGGAGUUCCAGGCAUAUUGGAUAAUGAUUCAGUAUCACAUAUAGAGGUUAAAAUAGAACCUUUAGCUGUGGACAUAGAGCAGAAAGAUCACAAUAUACCAGAAACACAUAUAUUUGGGACAAUAAAAGACCCUAAUCAGUCAACAUUACUAGAAAAGUCACUUCUCACAGAACCUGUGAUAGAAGAGCAAAGAAAAAAGAAACGUAUUAAAAAUAAAUCUGAUCUAAGGUGUGGAUAUAUAACGGAAUAUAUGAAUGAAGAUGACAUGCUUGCUUUUAGGGAAGAAGCAAAGAAGAAAAUUUACUAUGCGGAUGCUGCAUACAAGUGUGAAAAUUGUAUCCUUGGCUUCUAUACUAAACAGCAUUUUGAGGAGCAUUACGAAUGUGCACACAAACCUAGGGAGGGCACCGCGCCGUGCAAGGUGUGCUACUCGUACGUGGAGGAGGGGCGCGUGUCGCAGCACGUGCAGGGCCACUACGUGCGGCUCGUGUGCCGGCUCUGCGGGCACGCCGAGGCGAGCGUGCGCUGCGCGCAGCUGCACGUGCAGACACAUAUAGAAACCGAGACAGACUCAAAGCCUGUCAAGAUUCGACCAAUGCGGAUGCGUAGACAGAAACAGAGCAAGGAAGCGCAAGAUAUCAAUGAAGAGGCUAAAAGGUUGAGAAAACUCUUGUCAAAGACAAAAUCUGGGUACAAAUGUCUUUACUGUGACAUGCACUUUGAGCAUACACGAUACCGUAAAUCUCAUAUGGACAGACAUCACAGGGAGCGUCUUCAAUGUGACCAUUGUCAGAAGAAAUUCGUCAAUAGAACUACUUUGAUAGGACAUUUAAGGUUACACGAAGGUCCCUUACCACGUCAGGAAUGUACCAUCUGUCACAAAAUGGUACGAGUUUUACAAUUUAAGUACCACUUACAAAGACAUGAGAACAAACAAACAUAUGAAUGCAAGGAUUGUGAUAAGGUUUUCUCAACUUUGAUGACGUAUCAGGGACAUCUUAAGUAUUCUAGAGCGCAUGCUUCGGAUCAGAUACUCAAAUUCCCCUGUCCGAGGUGCAAUAAGGGCUAUUCCACACAACAAGCGAUGCAGGACCACUUUAAUUAUCAACAUUUAGGAAAAACAUCCCAUAAAUGUCCUAUUUGUGAUAAGCCUAUAGCAUCUAAAGCGUAUAUAGAACGUCAUCUAAUGAGGGUACAUGGAGAAAAGAAGGAGAAACCAAAGAACCACGUCUGUCAGCAAUGCGGCAAGGGAUUCACGGAUAAAAGAUCGUUAACUCAGCACGAAGUGAUCCAUUCGGGUAACAGACCUCUCUCAUGUGAUAUAUGUGAACAGACAUUCAAACAGAAAGCCACGUUAUAUACACAUAAGAAGCGAGUACAUAAUGUAACACCAGCUAAGAAGGUUCUGGAAUUCAUCAAGGAGAAAGAAAUGGAAGAAUCGAGUUGAAAAUCAAAUGUUACUGUAAGAUUGUGAAUUUGGGCAGUUUGAAAUCUUACUAUGUUUUAUGAUUAAAAAUGUUGAAAUGUAUUAAGAUGUUGUUUCUAAAUACAAGGUAACAUUUU